UUGUAUCCUAUCCUAGUAAGUAUAAAUAGAAACCUUAGCCCCUUGUCUAUUCCUCUAACUAUUUUUUUUGUAAAAUCUAUCUGGCUAUCUAAGUAGAGUACUUAUUAUUAAGAUCUCUUGAUUCUUCAUCUUCAAUUAUGGAUUGUGUUUACAAAGAUCCUAAUGCACCAGUUGAAGAAAGAGUCAAAGAUCUUUUAUCAAGAAUGACACUUGAAGAAAAGAUUGGUCAAAUGACCCAGAUCGAACGAGCUGUUGCUAAUCAUUCUGCAAUAAGAGAUGGUUGCAUUGGGAGUGUAUUGAGUGGAGGUGGGAGUAGACCAUUUGAGAAUGCAGAGUCAAGUGAUUGGGCUAACAUGAUUGAUGAGUUUCAAAAAGGUGCAGUUGAGACCAGGCUUGGCAUUCCCAUUUUCUAUGGGACAGAUGCUAUUCAUGGGAAUAAUAAUGUUUGGGGUGCCACUAUUUUUCCUCACAACAUUGGACUUGGAGCCACCAGAGAUGCUGAUUUAGUCACAAGGAUAGGAGUUGUGACAGCUCUUGAAACCAGGGCAUGUGGAGCUCAAUAUGCUUUUGCUCCUUGUGUUGCUGUCGUCAAAGACCCUAGAUGGGGAAGAUUUUACGAGAGUUACAGUGAAGAUACUGAAGUUGUCAGAAAAAUGACCUCUCUUGUUACGGGAUUGCAAGGUCAGCCACCAGAAGGACAUCCAAAUGGCUAUCCUUAUGUUGCUGGAAGAAAUUAUGUCAUGGCAUCUGCAAAGCAUUUCGUAGGUGAUGGGGCAACUGAGAAUGGUACAAACGAAGGAAAUACAAUAGCAUCGCAUGAUGAAAUGUUCAAUAUCCACCUAGCACCAUAUAUAGACUGUAUCGCCCGAGGAGUUUGCACUGUUAUGGCAUCCUACUCCAGCUGGAAUGGAGACAAAAUGCACACUCAUCGUUAUCUUUUGACAGAGGUCUUGAAAGAUAAGCUUGGAUUCAAGGGUCUCGUGAUUACAGACUGGGAAGCACUUGACCGGCUUACUGACCCUCAUGGAUCAGAUUAUCGUCAAUCAAUCAAGUCAACCAUCAAUGCUGGAAUUGAUAUGGUGAUGGUGCCAUUUAGAUAUGAAUUAUUCUUAGAGGAGCUGUUAUCACUGGUCAAAUCUGGGGAGAUAUCGAUGGCCAGGAUAGAUGAUGCUGUUGAAAGAAUCUUGAGAGUCAAAUUUGUUACUGGAUUAUUUGAACAUCCAUUUACAGAUAGAUCAUUGAUAGAAUUGGUUGGUUGUGAGGCACAUAGAGAUGUAGCACGUGAAGCCGUUCGUAAAUCCUUAGUCUUGUUGAAAAACGGGAAAGAUACAAAGAAACCAUUUCUUCCUCUAGAUAGGAAUGCCAAAAAGAUCCUCGUUGCUGGAACUCAUGCUGAUGAUCUUGGUUACCAGUGUGGAGGGUGGACUGCUACAUGGACAGGACAAAGUGGCAGAAUCACAGUUGGCACAACCAUAUUGGAAGCGUUAAGGAAAGUGAUAGGAAAGGAAACAGAGAUAGUAUUUGAGCCAAAUCCUACACCAGAAACUUUUGCUAAUCAAGACUUCUCGUUUGCCAUCGUGGCCAUUGGUGAGGGUCCAUAUUGUGAAACUGGUGGUGACGAUCCAGAGUUAAAAAUUCCAUUUAAUGGAACAGAAAUUGCAACCUUUGUUGCUGACAGAGUUCCUACAGUGACGAUUCUGAUUUCUGGAAGACCUAUGGUAUUAGAACCAUCGCUCUUGGAAAAAGUAGAUGCAUUUGUUGCAGCUUGGUUGCCCGGAACUGAAGGAACAGGAAUCACAGAUGUCCUUUUUGGAGAUUAUCCAUUUCAAGGGAAACUACCUGUGACAUGGUUUAAAACUGUUGAUCAAUUGCCAAUGCACGUUCGAGGGAAUUCCGAUCAUCUAUUUCCUUUCGGAUUUGGUCUGACAGCCUAAACAAGAAAAAAUGACAGGCACUUAAAUGCUUAAAUGAGAUGGUCAUGGAUUCAUCAUCAUACCAGCCAGUUAUUCUUUGGUUGAAGUCCUUGAAGAGAACUUCAGCUGGAUUCUUGCUCUUGAAUGGAGAAAUUAAUUACAUAGAAAUAUCUAUAUAUUACUGCUGUAUCUCAAAUAACAAAAAGAGAAGCUAGUGGCUGUAUCUUCUUGUAUGAUGUUCCAUCAAGAUUAUGAAUUUAUGAUGAUUGCUUCAAUGCUGAAAUUUGAUUUUGUUUUUCUCCU